GAUCACAUGGCGGCUAGAUCCAAAUCCAAAAUGGCGAGUGGUGGGAACUUCCGAGAAGUUUUGCAUCACAGUGGAAAGCCACAAGGAAACGUGAUAAAUUUUACUAUAGGAUCAGCAACGACAGUGAGGGAUGAAGAAAACGCUCAGCCUCAUACGGGAGGUGGAUUUGCUUAUCGAGAGUGCGGGACAGUCGACUCUGUUACUCGAAAUCGUUACAUCUUUUGGAGAGUAACAGAUAAUGUACUGGAGCUAUUUGAAGAGUCCUUGGACAACAAUCUCUCAGGAAACCACCUUGAACUACAGUUUACUGACGGUGUUCUUUUACCAGUGGUGUAUAUCUUUGAAACUCCUGCACAUGUUAGCUUGUUGAUUGCCACAACCAACAGUGUACACAGGAUUGCGUUCCCUCAUCCAGACAGACUUCGUAGACAUGGAUUUGGUUUGUCUUACUCUAGUGAAGGAAGUCAGCAGUCAAUCUUUAAUGAUUUUUCCAGUCAUCAGCUCAGAAGUCCUUCAAAUUUUGGAACUUUUUCACAAUCAUGUGUGACUUUUGCAAGCUGGCUUUGCCAGGAUGGACAUUGUCUCUUUGCUUUAGCUACUACUUCAGGAAUAAUACUUUUGAUAAAAUUGCCGCCUCCUGGGAGUGGCGGUCAAGUUGAGCAGUAUGAAUUAAAGGAAGCAGGAGUUAUGCAACGUCUUUGGUCUGGUCUUGUUCCUUCAAGCUUAAGGAGAGAGACAAUGGCUUCUGAUGCUACACUGAGUGUAGGAAUCCAUCCAUACGGAAAUCAUAUGUGUGUGUUUGCUCUUUGCCGAGAUUUCAAGCUCAGGAUUUGGUCCUGCCAGACUCUAUCGUGCAUUUACGUCAAAGAUCUUCUGGAAGAUAUUCGUGAUGAUAUGGAUGCUCAAAACUUUCCAGCUGUGGGUCAUAUACUCCGUAAAGUGGUAGAUCCAUCAAGUGGCAAACUUUAUCUUGGUUUGUUUUUAAACCUAAUGUACAACACACAGUUCUGUGUGUAUGAGGUUGUGCCAUCUUCAGAUGAUGAUCCAAGCUUGUCUGCACUUUCCUUCUCAUACUUUCCAAAGGAAAAUCUUGUAGACUUUGCUGUGACCACAUCGAACAUCUGGACUUUAUGGACAGAUAAAAAUGGUGAAACAAUGGCUUACUUCACUCCCAUUGAAAACAUAGAUGCACAAGAAUGUGGUUGGAAAAGAAUAUUCCUUAAACCAACAGAGAAUUCUGAUGUCAUGGUUCCACCAUAUAAAGAACCAAGAGAAGUUUUUCUUGAUCAGCUCUUCUACCCUGGAAGGUUUUCAAAUCAUUCUAUUCUGAAAGCUAUGCAGAUAUACCACCAUUUACCAGUUUCAAACUUUGUCAGUGAUUUUGAUGAGACUGUUUCAAGGAGUGAUUUGAAACUGGCUGUUAUCAAUCUCAUUGAUUCAGAGAUUCAGAUGUCAGCUCCAGAUUAUGAGAUGCUUCACCAUGAGUACAAUGAUCUUCAGCUACAAUGUUGGACAAAGUUCUACAGCUGUGUUGUACAGUACCAUCAAGUUGGAGGUAAAGCCUUGGGCAUUUUCAUGGACACUAAAACAGGAUUAGUCUGUGUUGUGCGAAAGGAAAUGCUGUCAUUCCUGAGACCCUGUGACCUGUUUGAGCAACUUCACCUCUCUGAAGAACCUCUAGAAGUGUCAAUUGUUGCCACAGAGCCUCAUCUGGAUAAAACCAUGAAGGAAUCAUUCAUAGAUCUUUGUAACAUCAUCAGAAUGGUUUCAGAUCAGGUUGGUCAGAUUUCUCUCAUAUCAUGACUGGUCAUCACCUGUUCAGUGCUCCACUCACCUGCUCUCUCCUCUCCAAGGCUGCUCACCAAAUUGCUUCAUCCAGAAUGUCCGUAUGUAAACAUCUAUUGGUGCUGCUCAGUUUAAUGACCAGGCUGGGGGUCAACAAGAUUGGCUUGGAUGCUAGAAAAGCUGAGGAUGUAUCAUCAGUGUUCAUUCCUAGAACAGUUGAGUUUCUCAGGCUGUAUGUUGCUCUGCACUGGAUCCUUGAACAAGCUGUCACGCCCACGCCAUCAAGUUCUGUAGAGUCGAACCUAAAACAGUUAGCCACACUGGAAAUUUCAGAUGGAAUGGAGUCAAAAGCGGUCCCCGAUGAUCCUUCUCUAACACUAGGGGAACUCUUUCUAUGUGGUGUUGGGGGAACACAACUGAGAAGGCACCUGGUCCAUAAAAUCAGGGCCUCACUGGAGAUGUCUGAUCAGGAGCCACCUCUUCUUUGGGUUGGAUUUUUCAACCGGGCUGUUUACAUCCUGAUGGACCUAAUCUGGCCACUAAGGGAGAGCGUCAUUUUCCCAGAAUUUCUCCUCUCGCGGUGUCAGUAUCUUCGCAUUCAAGAUUACGCGCAUCUGAUUUGCUAUUGGUGUGACACCUGUCAGUCAUCAUGGCAUUUCUUACUUGGCCAAUCGUAUUUGGCUUUGGGCGAAAAUCACAAGGCAUUAAGCUGCUUCCUGAAGGCUGCGAAGGGGAUUGGUUCAAUGGAUGCCUUUGUGAUGAAGGUUCUUCAAAGUGAUUCCACCGAUAUUUCAACACUGCUCGUUUUAUUUUACGUAAAGGUGUUGAAACUGUUUGAGCAGUUUGAUGCUCCCGACUAUGUCAUCCGUGUGGCUCAUUUAGCGCUGGAUUUCGCUUCACCUGAUGAUCCAAAUAUUCCCGACUUGUGGUCAAAAAUUUUUAAACAUCAUCUGGAGUUGCGCCAUAAUGACCUGGCAUAUGAAGCUUUGACCGCUAACCCUGACCCUGUUAGGCGGCGUGUAUGCCUUCAUAAGCUCAUGGUAACACUGUACGAGGGAGGUCAAACUCAGGAGCUUGUAGAGUAUCCAUUUGUCAACCUUCAAAAUGAGUUUAUAGACAUCAUCGAGUCUCAUGCCCGUACAGUGGACAUAACUACUCACAGCUUUUACGAUCUACUCUAUGCUUUUCACGUGUUCAGAGGAAACUACAGAAAAGCUGGGGCAGCAAUGUAUGAACACGCCUUGCGACUUGGACAAGAAGUUUCAGGGCUCGACAGUCUGCAAAAACAGGCAAAAUGUUAUUUAGCAGCUAUGAACUCACUCCGUCUCGUCGAGCCGAAAAAUGCCUGGAUUGUAAAACCUCUGGACAGAAUAGGCACCGAUAAACCAGCGGAGCCGCCCAACAUGUCACCUAAACGAAAGCAGGGAGAAGAAGGAGAGGUACUCUACCCAAGUAAUCUGGCCAGGCCUCGGCGUAAAGUGACCGUGUUAGACAUCAGGGACCUGGAGGGAGAGUAUCUAUUGGUUCUCGCCAGGCUGCAGCUCAUUAAAAUGGACGCAGAUCCAACUCGUGCAAUAGGCCCUCAGUUGUCACCCCAGGAGAGCGUAGCGUUGUUGACUCAAGCAGGCUUGUUUGACAAUGCCUUCACUGUAGCUUUCCACUUCAACUUGCCAAAAGAAACGAUCUUCGAAGGACUUGCCUCAAGGUGUGUCAAGUUAUCUACCCAUGGUCCUGGUCUAACACGAAAAACCGAAGAGGACGCGUGGGACUGGCUCCUAUCUAAUGACCUCGGCGAAGCUCAGGUCUCUGGCUACAAGAGUGUUGUUGACCAGGCUUGGCAACUUUUGAAGUUGUACCUCGACAAGCUUGGUCCACGUGAUGGUCACGUGUAUUACAGAUGUGUGACCAGUAAGCUGCUGUCAGCCGGGGCUACUCUGCCCACGUGGCUCGUGAAUGAUUAUAAGCGCUUUAAUGCCACCGAACUGCUCCGUUUGUACAUCAACUAUGAUCUUCUGUUGGAGGCUGUCAUGUUGGCUGUUGAGUACAUUGAAGCUGUUCUUGGAAAGGGCAAAGAAUACUUUGGACUGACGGAUGCCUUGCACGGCACCAGUCCCAGUGUGUGGGUUCCGUACGCUUCCCUGGAUCAACUGCUGGUUCUGCUUAAGGACGUGCAACCUGAUUCCGAGCUGGCUCAGGCACGUGAUGAACUGAGAGAACUACUCGAUGUGUUCCAUGAGCAAGUGACAUCUGUGUCACGUCAUAUGGUGCGUAUGCAACUGAAGCGUGCUCAGCGGAUGCACGCGGCGGAGUCCAUUCCAAUGCAAUGAUUACAUCAUGAAAAUGGUAGAGACGUAGUUUUGCGUACAAGAGAUCGAAAACACUUUCUGAUAGAGGAAACUGAUUGAAACUUCUACAAAGUCGAACCAGAUCGAGUUGGAACGCUUAGUUUACUUCUAGUCUUCUCUACUCGAUCGAAUGUUUGCCCGAGAAUUUUUUGAGUAAGGUAAUUCAGUGCCUUAGAAAGCAUGCUAGCUAACGCUAAGUCGGACGCGUUGCCGAGCAACAGAACAUAUCCAAACGGGUUCCAUCAAUCUACUGAAUAAGAUUCAGACUCAUAAGAAUACAAACGUUUCAUGGAUUUGUUACAAGAGACC